UGAAAUAAUAGUAUAUACUAGGAAUAUAUUUUUUGUAGGUAAAAAAUAAAAUAAAAGAUAGAGUAUGAUUGGAAACGAAACACUAUUUACCUUGAAAGGAAAAAAUAAAUAUACGUUGGAGUAAAGGGCUAUACUAGCACCUAAAUCAAAAACAAUUUUUAACUCGAAGGGCUAUAGUUGUUUCGAGUGAACGGUUCUCAAAUCUCAACUCGCAACUGAUUGUUUGAUGAACGUGAGAAAAAAAAAUAUAUAUCCCUUGGCGUCUUUACGAAUUCUUCGAGUCGUUAAACAUUUACAACAGAUGCCAAUAUCGAAACAUUUUCAAGUCGUUAAAACCUCUGUAUUGAAAAACCCUAACCAAAACAUACAACAAUGGCUUCUAACGUACAUUCUCGGAAUGUAACCGCUGCCGGAACCUCCGAAACCGAGAUUCCCCUCAUUGCCACCGUAGAAACCGAGCGGACGGUGGGAGCGGAAGUAAAAGAGGAGAAGCCAGUAGCUGAUCAUCCAACGGUUACGGAGGUAGCUCCGGCUGCAGAAACGACGAUUCCUAAGAAGAAACGACCUGGAUACUGUGUGUUUCGGGUUAUAGUGCCUGUGCAUAAAGUUGAGAGUAUUAUAGGACGGAAUGGAGAUCUAAUCAAGAAGAUGUGCGAAGAGACUAAAGCUAAUAUUCGUAUACUGAAAGGCCCCGUUUCUGACCCUAACCGCAUUGUAGAAAUAUCUGGCAAGGAAGAUAUAGAGGCACCUUUAUCACCUGCAAUGGAUGCUGUGAUAAGAUUAUUUAAGCUUGUUAAUGGAUUCACAGAGAAUGAGAAUAAUGGUGUAUCCUCCAUUCCAUUUUGCUCAAUUCGACUAUUGUUAACUUCAAUGCAAGCCACGAGUUUGCUUGAGAAGCAAGGAUCUCUUUUAAAGAGAAUACAGGAGAACACGGGGGAGGUUAGAUUUGUAUCUCCACCCAAAGAUGAAGUAUCAAAAUUAUCCACCAAUUCAGAUGAUAGAGUUGUCAAUUUAAAGGGAGAAGGUCUCAAGGUUCUGGAAGCUUUAGAAGCUGUUCUCAAACACCUAUGCAUGUUUUUGCUUGAUCAUACCAUUCUUCCUCUCUAUGAGAAGACUUUAAGACCGAGCCAAGUAGUCUUAAACACGCGUUGCAGUAAGAAGCGCCGCCGAAUUGUUGCUGCUGAAGCACCACAGGCAGAAGGGACGGUGUGUAGCUCUUUGGUUAAAGUACCACCAGAGUUGCCUCAAGUACAACCCACAACUGCAUUUGUGACAGUAGAGACUAAAGCUGAGGUACCACCAGAAUUGCCUCAAGUACAACCUGCAACUGCAUCUGUGUCAAUAGAUACUAAAAGGAGGAUGUUGGUUUUUGAAGAAGAAAUAUUGGGAGUCUUGAAGAUGAUAGCCCAUAAGAUUAACAACAAACCAGAAUCACCUCCAAAACCAACAUUUGAAGAUUGUGAAAAGAAGUUGAAUGAGCUUGGGUGGGCGAAAGAUGAUCCGUUAUACCUAGUUGCACUCACGAUUUUUUGUGACAAAAAAGAGAAAUAUAGGGAAUGUUGGAUGAAAUUAAACCCGGAGAGGUGUGCUAAUUGGGUUAGAAUUAUUGGACGUAGUAAAAGAUUCACUUAA